GUGUAUAAUUCUUUUGCACGUCUCCAGAAAUUGCAUGUUUUCAAAUUUGUUUUGCUUAAAAAUUAAAAAGAUCAAUGUGUUUUAAAAUGCAGACAUUAUUCGUAUUAUCUAUGUUAGCAACGAAUAGCUGUGUGUCUUAGUGAUUGUUUAAUUUUAAAGAUAUUUUUUUUUGUUUAGAAAUAACCAUGAAAAGAAAAAUUGAUGCAAGUGCUGCUGUGAAAAUUAAAAAGAAGAAAAAAGAAAAUAAGAUAUUAACAGCUGAAGAAAGGCAGCGCCGAAAGACAUCAUUGUAUAGAGCCCCUACAUGUGAGGAGAUAAACGAGUUGAAAGAAAAUGAAAAUUUAUAUAAAAAUAAUCUUUUUCGAAUGCAGAUUCAGUAUUUAUUAGAAGAAGUUACCCUGAACGAAGAAAAAACAAAAAAGCUUAACAACGUGUUGCACUCAUUGAAUGAAUUCUUAAAAUCUAUUCCAUCUUCUCCAAAAGAAUGUGAAGUAUCUGGCAGUUGUCUUCCUACUGAUGUUAAAUUUCCAAUUCCUGAUACAAUACCUCGUUCAAAAAUUAAAGGCAAAUUUCAAUUUAUUGCUCCGCAAGAAAUUAAAGUUGUUGGUAGUUACUUGUUGAAAACUUUGACAAAACCAAAUCAAUUCGUUGACAUAGCAGUUGAAAUGCCAAAGGAAUGCCUGCAAGCAAAAGAUUACCUGAAUUAUAGGUAUCACUUCAAGAGGGCUUGUUAUUUGUCUUGGUUAGCAAGUGCACUAAAAAAAUGGGAGCAUAAUGCAGCUUUAACGUUUUCAUCUGAUGAAGAUAUCUACAAACCAAUAAUUAAAAUUAAAUUAAAAGGAAAAAUUGGCAAGAAGUACUCCAUCAGGUUACUCAUCAGUGUACCAGAGGACAUAUUUAAAUUGAGUCGAUUUAAUCCGUUGCAAAACAAUGUUCGAUCUAACUGGUAUGAUAACCUGGACAGUGAAGCCACAGAAGAAUUAGAGUACCCAACACCUCAUUACAAUGCCAGCGUUCUAUCUGAUAUGCUUUAUGAAACACAUUUACACACAUUAUACAAUGCUGUUAAAGAAUGUCCUGGUAUCAAAGACGCAAUUUGUCUAUUUAAAGUUUGGUUAAAGCAGAGAACGUUUAAGGGUGUUUGUACUUUUAAUGGUUUUAUUGGUUCAAUGUUGAUGGUGUAUUUACUCCAAGUGAGAAAAAUAUCUUCACAUAUGAGCUCAUAUCAAAUCUUCAGGAUAGUACUCCACUUCUUAGGAACUUCAGAUUGGAUUAAAAAUGGAAUAAGUUUGUGUACUGAUGAGAAUAACAAGUGUAAAGUUGGAGACUUCCAUGCAUUAACAGAUGUUGUAUUUGUGGAUGCAUCAGGUUUUUUUAAUCUCUGUUUUAAUGUGAACAAAGUGACUUAUGAAAUGAUUAAGUAUCAAGCACAACUCUCAUUGGAUAUCUUAGAUAACUCUAUGAUUGAUGGAUUUAACGCUUUGUUUAUUAAAUACUAUUCUUUUAUGCAAUCUGUCGACCACUCUUUCAGGUUGUCGCAUUUAAACUCAUUCAAGGAAAAACUCCUAAAUGAAGAGACCUACAAGAGUAAGAUCGUUGACUUCGGUGGUGAUUGGUCGCUCUUGCUUGCUGAAAUGGUGGUGCCUGUACUGCAGAAAGGUUUGGGUAAAAGAAUAAAUCGUAUCACCAUGAAACCUUCAAACUGCUGUGAGUGGACAGUAACUACGAACCCCCCUGGAUUUUCCAACCGAAAUUUCGAAUUUGGAAUUUAUUUAAACAAUGAAUUUUCCGACAACAUAAUAGAUAUGGGUCCUCCAGCUGAUCAACCAGAGGCGAAAGAAUUUCGAGAUUUUUGGGGCGCUAAAUCAGAGUUACGUCGAUUUCAAGAUGGUAGCAUCAACGAAGCUGUUAUAUGGCCGUGUGUAAACAUUGAGGAGAAGAAAUUGAUUUGCAGAAGAAUAGUUGAACAUUUACUUAAACUGCAUUGCAACAUUACGUCAUUAUCGAUAAAUUACCAUGGUGAUGAGUUUAAUUGUCUGCUUAAGCCCAAGUAUGUUGUUGAAGAAAUGAAAUCGAAAGUGAAGCCUGGUUGCGGCGAAGAGGAGUUUGUCAACUUUAUAAAAACGUAUGACGCGCUAUGUAAACAAAUAAGAAAUCUUGAUGAGCUGCCGUUGCGAAUAAAUUCUAUACAUGCAAUUGAUCCAGCUUUCAGAAUGACAGCGGUGGUCCCUCCGUCACAGUUUAAAACAAGACCUGACAUCCAACGAAAAUUUCUGUUACCAAGAAGUGGGAAAAAAUGUCCAACCUGGUGCCCAGUUUACAAUACUUUGAUUCAGUUUGAGACAAGUGGAAAAUGGCCUGAUGACAUCGAGGCUAUCCAUCACAUCAAAGCAGCGUUUCAUAUAAAGAUUGCAAGCUGCUUAAAGCGUGUCGGUAUACCUGCAGUAUCUACACCAACCUUUGUUGACGUUACCAAAAAUGGUUACGUGUUUCGCCUCUCGGUUGUCCAUUAUCGUGAAAUGGUUCUAUGUACAGAAAGCUCUGCUACAGGAUUACUUAAAAAACAACAUGAAAUAACAAGCAAGGAGCUCGACUUGCUGAUCGUCAAGAAACCUGUACAUAACACUUUAAUACACAGUUUAAAUGGCCAACAUAACGCGUACGCCUUAACAACACGUCUUAGCAAACGUUGGAUCGCAUCGCAGAUGCUUUCUGAUUACUUGUGUGAUGAGGCUAUCGAGUUGAUAGUGGCCUCGCUGUUUCUAUCUCCGGCUCCUCUGGAAGCACCCAGUUCGCACUACAAUGGAUUCUUGCGCUUUUUAAAUUUCUUAACGAAAUUUGAUUGGCAGAAUGAACCUUUAAUUGUCAACUUAAAUGAUCAACUGACAAUUGAGGAUGUUGGAGAGAUACAAGAAAGGUUUAGUGCGACUCGCUCUCAAAUUCCUUCUGCUGUCAUAGCAACGCCAUACGAUAAAGAAAUGUCGGUGUGGACAAAAACAAAUCCAUCAAAACAGAUUCUACGUCGUGUAAGUUUAUUGGCUGACGCUGCGUUGAAACUAACGGAAGCCGACAAUUACAACUGGUGUGAAGACACUGUAAAGCAAAUGUUUCGCCCUUCAUUGGAAGACUACCAUUAUAUUAUUGAAUUAAACAAAGAGUUUGUUCCACUUUACUCGCAAGCAAUUGACAGUAGCAUUCUAAUCAAACCAACUGCUGUUAAAAAUACAAUUAUUAACAGUUGUAUACCCGUGGUCGAUUUUGAUCCUGUAAAAUUGUACUUGAAUGAACUUCGUGAGGCAUUCUCUGAAGUGGCAAUGUUUUUUUACGACGCGUAUGGAGGUACAAAAGUGGGUGUGGUAUGGAAACCCUCUGCUAACACUCCUCAACCAUUUAAGAUACUGCAUGCUCAAUAUAAAAUGUUGGUGAAAAAAAAGAAAUCUCGCAAGAAGGAUGUUCUUUCAAACACUGAUACCAUGGUUGCCAAUAUACCUGCCAUUUUAUCCGACUUCAAAGUGAUUGGAAAAGGUUUAGUUGACGCUGUGAAAGAAAACUCAUGAUUAUAAUUUUAUACUCUGGUUUUUAUUUUGAUAAUAUUUUAAAACACGA